UCAGAAUAAGUGUCAAGAGACAAGAGUUAGUUUUGGUUAUGUCCAGUUAGAUUUGGAAUUUCAAAAGGAUGGCUCCGAUUGACGUUACAAUUCUGAGGGUGAAAGAUCCCGGUCAUUUUUGGGCCAAGGAGGUCCCUGGACACAGUUCAACCAGUGAGGCUAGGCAGUUUCUACAACUCUUGGAAGACAUUGAUGAAUACUGCAGUCGUGAUCAGUUCCUUAAUAUGCACACCUACAAUCCUAAAAAGGGAGAGGUUUAUCUUGUAAAGAAAAUGGAUGCUGAUCGUUGGUACCGGGCCAGAGUGACUAGCAUCAUACUACGCAAGCAUCUAGCUGAAGCAAGCUGUUUCCUCUUGGAUUAUGGAGAAACCAUCAAACUUCCGAUGAACAGAUUGCGUGACAUCCCCGCAGAGUUCCUCCAGCUUCCCUUCCAGGCCAGAGAGUACUGUCUGUAUGGUCUGGUACCACUGUCGCUCAAAGUCUCGUUUGAUGAGGAUCAGGCCACAAUGCAGCCUGCUGUUAAAUGGGACACGGCAGCUGUUGAAUACUUUGAUGAAAUUCUAGUCGAUAAACCAGCUAAGGUGGACAUUCAUCACGUGAGGCAAGAUGGCGUCUCUCUGGUCACUCUCUACGUCAACAUUGAUCAGAAACAGGUCAAUGUAAAUGAAGAACUACUGCGAUUGAACUUUGCGGCUCGGAUCGAAGAACCGUUAACACUUGAAGUUGGAGCCAGAACACAGGAGAGAAGACCAACAAACAGAACCAACGGGUCCGGAUCACCGCUUAGUUGUUCUCCGCGCUCUGUGUCCCCAGGGAGUGCUGAGAAGCUGGAUGGGGCUAGAGGCAGGGAGAGCAAGCGUGAGGCAUCGGUGUCUCCUGACAGAGAGGCGAGGGAUGGGAGGCAGAAGACUACUCUGAGGGAGUACAUCGGUCUGCCACCUUUGAGACCAGACCAACUCAUGGCCGGCUCAACAGUUAGUACUACUUCACCUGGAUCCCUUCCAGACCGUACCCUUGCACAACAAAUGGAAUCAUCCAAGCCAAGCUAUACAGAACAGUCAUCUGGGAAGCUUCCAUUUGCUGCACGGGGGUUGUCCUCCAAGGGAUCGCCGCCACACAUCCCAGCCAGCAGGGGGAGAGAUUCAACCAUACCAAGUUCGACUUCUCAGUUCGCGUCCAAAACGGGGAAGGCUGAAGGGUUACUGCAGCAUACUUUGUCUUCCCAGGAUGACGCAGACAAGCUGAGAUUGUCUGCAACCUCCACCAGACAGGCUUUGGCAAGACUGCAAGCCAUCAAGGAAAGAGCAAAGAUGUCCACUGAAUCCUUACAGCGACAAACACCCACAGAGACACCCAGACACGAUCCCUUACAACCAGGUGACCGCUCACCCUCACAAACAGGCCCACAGACUCUCAGCCCCACCACCGCAACAACAACUCUGCCAACAGGUGCUACGAGAUUGAAAUCCAGUUCUUCCUUGCUGGGUGCCACCAGAUUACCGUUCGCUGUCGACGGAAGAUUCACCGUGUCACCCGAGGAAUUAGCAGCGAGAGCCGUGAAUCUGCCCAAGACAUUGCAGAGUCCAGCAAGACAAGCCCAGAGAAAAUCCCAACGAGGUGAUACAUCCUCAGAUCCCGAUUAUUACUACUCUUCCUCUGAUGAACCCAGUCAGUAUGUGCCAUCUGUGAUGCCACAGUCAAAGGUCAUAGGCCAAAGGCUUCUCAAGCAAAUUUCCUCGACUCAUGCUGCAUCCCCAGCAUCUGACAUUCAGGAAUUGAUGUAUUCUCAUAUCAAGAAGACGUCUCGUGUCUUGAUUCAUGGUGACCGGCCGCCGAGACCCAUGAUGAGUAUAGAGCAGUCGCCGUUCCCUGAUUCCAUCCAAAAGAAAUUGACCAAACUGGGCUUCCCAUCGCCCAGCGACAUUCAAGCUUACUCCUGGCCGAUCAUUCUCCGGGGGAGGGACAUGGUGGGCAUAUCCUCCCCUGGGACUGGGAAGAGCCUAGCCUUCCUGCUUCCACUCAUCACACAGUCUUUACAGCCGUCCACAUAUUCAUCACUGCCGCCUGGCAACGGGCCCCUUGUGAUCAUUGUCAGUCCCAGCUGGCGUAAGGCAGCCGAGGUGUACGACCAGUGCAGCAAGUUUCUGCCUACCCAGAGGGGGAGUAGGGUUAUACUCAUUCAUGGUGCUGGAUCUGAGGAACAACAAGAGGUCCAGUUGUUGAAUGGCUGCAGUAUUCUGGUGGCAACCCUUCCCUGUCUUCUUAGAAUGCUGAGAGACAACCACACAAGCCUCAAUCGACUCAGUCACUUGGUCCUUGAUGAUGCUGAUAUCCUUUGUGAAGACUUCACAGAUAAGGUUAAGGAGCUGAUGUCUGAGUAUGCCUCAGUCCUCUCCAGACCCAACAGUUCCCGCACCGCUCCCCGUCAACUCUUCCUCUUCUCCUCCCAAUGGACCAUGGGUCUGGGUUCCUUCCUACGUGCCUACAUGGCUGAUCCUGUUGUGGUCAUCGCAUCGCCCCUGGAGGCGGCCGUCUAUGCCCGGGUGGGACAGGUCGUGCUUAGAGAGGAGCCCAGUGAGCGAGAUGGUUUCCUCCGAGGUCUUCUAGACUCUGGAUCCCCGACCAAAGCCAGACGGAUGAUCAUCUUCACCAACAGCAAGGAGCAAGCUAAGCGGCUACAGGAGGUUCUUGUCGGUGGUUUCUGCCAUUACGCGCUGCUGGCCUUCAAGGGCAUGCCACAGCACCAUUUGGAGACGGUCAAGACAGAAUGGCAUGAACACCACCACAGCAAUUCCCAACAAGUCCUGGUGUGCACCGACGAUGUUAUUCAGGACCUGAGCAUCACGAGUGCAAACACCGUGGUCCACUACGACUUCCCUUCCUCUAAGCAGAAGUUUGGCCUGCGGCUGAGCUGCAUGAUGGAUAGUUACUCCUCUCAGAUAGAAGAGACGAAAGUUUCCGACUGCCGGUCGAUACUGCUGAUCUCUAGAGAAGACAUGACUCUCAUUCCUGGACUUGCCAACCUCCUGAAGAGGUGCAGCUUUGCCAUCCCCUCCCAGCUCAACGUGGAAGAGGCCAUCACGGAAAAAGAAAAGAACAAGAAAGGCAAAGCCCUGUGUCGACAGCUGAAGGCGUUUGGUGAAUGCAGGAAUAAAUCUUCCUGCCUUGGUCGUCAUGAGAUGUUUGCUGAUGCGGAUGCACCGGGUUGCCAUGCCAACCACAUCCGUCUCCCAUCGUCUGGUGUUGUCAAGAUUCUGAUCACGCACAUUGUAGACGCGACUAACUUCUACGCUCGCAUCCUUGAGUAUCGCAGCACCGAGGCUAGUGACCCUGUUGCCAUGCCGAUGACCCACCUUGACCUAGCCUUUGAGAUGGCUGGGUGGUUUAGUGACCCCGCCCACUGUGUGGGUAUUGGCACUCCUAUGGCUGGUGACCUCUGUGGUGUGGAGGACGCACGCCAUGUCUUCCAUCGGGUCAAAGUUCAGAGGUCAAAGAGGUCAGCACGUGCACUCACUGAAGAGGAGAAGGAGGUUCAGUUCGUGGACCAGGGAAGAAUUGAGCGGGUAACAGUGAGCAAGUUGAUGAGACUACCGGAUCAUUUGUAUUCCAAACCAUACCAGGCUGUGGAGAUUUACGUAUGUCGAGUCAAGCCGGUAGAUGAUGACACUGAGUGGACAACGCAGGCGGGUUUCUUCGUUCAUGACAUGAUCCACGACAAACAGAUGGAAGGGAAGAUUAAUCUAAGCUUGGACAACACCUUAUGGCUAGACCCUGUAGUGCAGCGUGUUCAUCUACCCAGCAUCAAGACCACCGUCAACAUGUACAACGUCCGGCAAGAGUUACUGGACGCUGGAUUGGCCGUAGACAACCCAGAGCACAUCACCAAGUUGAGGAGGAAGUGUGAAGGAAAAGUGCCCCUGCCAGACAUGGUUGUCCCAUCGGCACAUGAGAAUAGGAGCCAGCCCAUGCUCCUUCCAGACCCUAUCUACCUGUCUCCUUCUGAUGACUACUACCCUGUCUAUGUAUCAUCUGUCCACACUCCAAGAUGCCUGUAUUUGCAACUAGCCAAGUAUAAUGACAGACUGGAUAAAUUAAUGGAGGAAAUCAAUGCCAAACUAUCGGAUAAUAAUGCUCCCCCACCGCCCAAAGAUUGGCAGCCCAGAGUUGGGGAAGUGUGUCUGGCCAGGUUCCAUGAGGAUGACAGAUGGAACCGGGUGCGCAUCUUAGACAUUCCUGGAGACGGUCGAUAUGAGGUGUUCUACUUGGACUACGGUGAUAGAGAAGAGGUUGCUAAGGACUGGCUACAUCCUGCAUGGAACAACAUCCUCAAGCUGCCAUUCCAGGCCAUCCAGUGCAGUCUGACCAACGUCUCCCCGAAUGAGGAUGAGUGGAGCGACGCUGCUGGUGAUGCAUUGUGGGAUAUGUGCCUUGACGGCGACGACAAGAAAUUACUGAUGGCAAAAAUCAUAUCUGAAAUUGGGUCAGGAUCUGAAUCGGGGCCUGUUGGGUCGUCCCACUAUGAGAUUGAGCUGUUUGAUACCAGAAGCGAGCGAGACGUUGUGAUUGGUCAGGAACUGGUACAUGCUGGGCAUGCCGCAGGGAACGAAGCCUUGUUUCAGAGCAUGUUCCCGAUUGUUGCAGUAGAUGACGACACUGAACCGCCGUUGUCAACCGAGAUUGGCAACAUGUUGUCUCAGCUCUGCUUAGAACUGUACAAUUUAAAGAGUGAGUCUGAGCAGCUUGACGUAGCCAGCCAAAUCAACGAGCUGAUAACAACACUCAGCCAAUUGGAUUGCUUGACUGAAGUGGACAUAGCCCCCUUGUGUCGUCUGGUGGCAUGCAGACGGGGUCAUCAGCGGGUCAUUGAUAGCCUGGCUACCAGUCUGGCCCUAGUUUGCUUCAAAAGUCCCAAGAACUGUGAGGUUUUGUGCAGAAGUGGAGGACUGAAGGAAUUAUGCCAAUUGCUACUGAAGACUAAAGAUGUCAAACUUCAGGAAUAUAUAUCCUAUGUUCUGAUGUUGUCCUCCGGGAAUCCCACGAGCAUCCUGGAAUAUGGCGGCAUUGAAGCCUUGUGCGGUGUGCUAGCAGCGCCGGCCAAUGUCAACAUCGUCAAUCAGGCCAGUGCUGCAUUGGCAGCCCUCGUCACGGACAACAACAAAAACCAAUGUACUGUGAACGAGGCAGGUGGGUUGAGAACCAUCUGCAAGCUGCUGGGCACUAUGAGGAAGGAGGACUGUCUCAUGAACCUCUUGAGGGCGCUGUCCAAGAUGGCUGCCAAUGGAGGGACCAGAGAUGAGAUUCGUGAGGAGGGUGGUCUACUCAUUCUCUGUGAUCUCCUGUGGGACACCGUGGACAGUCCCGUGGUUCACCUCAUUGCUCAGGCUCUGACUUCAUUGAGUUGCAACAAUCCACUGAACCUGGAAGUCAUGACAGACCAAGCACUGAUGGACUGUGUGGAAAGUCAGCUGAUGUGUAUGAGUCAUUCUGAGACCACUCACCGACUGCUAGUCACGCUGCACAUUCGUCUGAUUGAACACACCAAGACCCAAGCAGACCAAUCAGAGGAAACCUACCAACCCAGCAGCCAAUCAGCUGCCGUUGGCAGGGGCCCCAUGAUGACUGCCAACCAAUCAGGCUCUACUCAGUUGCCAAAUCACAGACAGCAGCCCGUGUCAAAGGUCAUCAGCAUACAGGAGGUGACGGAUGACAGAACCAAAGGUUUACCAGAUGACAACGAUGAUAUGCCCCCUUUGGAGGUUGAUUCCGAGAUUUCACUGCCCAAAACCCAGCCCAAAGUCCUAUGGUCCCAACGUCCCAAUUCAGUCGUCCUCAGUGUGCAGCUGAGAGGGGUCGUGACCUUUGACCUUGAUGUGACCUCUACCAGCGUCAGUUUCAGCACCAUUCAAGAUAAGACCAACUUUGCCUUUAGCCUGGAUCUGUACAGUCGUGUGAGGGCGCCAGAGCAUGCGGCAGUACCCUUGGGCAGUGAAGUGUUGAUCACGUUGUACAAGGAGACAGUGGGUACCAACUGGUCUCGGCUGACUGCCAGCAAAACCAAGCUUGGGUUCAUCGGAAAUGAUUUUGAGCGCUGGAAGCUGGAAGACUCAGAUUCGGAAGAAGACAUCUCAUACAGAUUUGGAAUUAAGAAGAAACCUCCUCUACCCAACAGACCCAAGAAUCGAUCUAGCCAGAACACUGUCCCUGUUGCCUCGGUGCCAGAGCUAGACACCUCAGAGAGCUCAGAAGCCUACUCUGAGGAGGUCAAUAGCUCCGAUGAAGACGCUGAGUUUGGUUAUGCCAGUGACAACUCCAACUCAGCUGAGCCACCGCAUUCUUCAUAGCAUGGUUGCAGACAGGCCAGAUUUAUUUGUGAAUACCUUGACCAGAAAACUCAAGAGCAAUCAGUUUAAUUCACCUGUCAACUUUGUAAUUAUUUUCCUGAUCUUAACAGUAAUAAUUUAACAUGUUUGAUUCACAAUACAGAACAACUCUUUGGUGGUAAAAGUCCUACUGGAUUACCAGUGCCUGGUUGAAAAUGGUUAAAGUUAGUUUGUGGACAUUGCCAAACCGAAUUAAUUUUAUAUUAAGUAACAGUUGGAUUUUGCAAUCUUAAUGAUUUUUUUUAUGUGAGCAAUUUAAUAUGGGAUUUUUUGGGUGUAAGUAAAAAGGGAAUAAAUGUGUGUUUGGGAAGUAUUAUAACACUCUGUUUAAGACCGGUUGGAGUCUGGAUGGGUAAUUAUCAGCACUGCAGACUCCAACCAGUCUUAAAGAGAGUGUUUAUUACCGACCAAGCAUAUAUUUAUUCCCAUUCAUAAAAACCUUUUUGGUAAAAAAAAAAA